AUGAAUAAUUUCGGCAGCGUUACAAAAUUCCCUGCUUUCCCAAAGCUACAAGCAGAAAUUCGUCUACAGAUUUGGGAACUUGUCUGCGCCUUUGAGAGAGAUGUAUUCGUUGGCGCCAAAUUUAUUUACGAUAUGGAUCACAAUGAAGUGCAAUUUCCUGCUGAAUAUGGUGGUACUGAGCCGCUCUUCAAAUACAUAACUGAUUCUCCACCACCAGCUCUUCUUCAUGUCAACCAAGAAGCCCGUUCCGAAGGCCUCAAGAAUUAUAUCCUUGCGUUUGGUGUCACUGUUAAGUGCCAGGACUUGAAGUUCCAAGCGAUGCCUAGGAUAUACGUCAACUUCCAGGUUGAUCGUAUUUGCCUCAGCAGUUGGUUGGGUGACUUUCAAGGCUUGCAAGGACCUUGGACUUUACUACUUGACCAACCUAUCCGUCGCCUUGCUGUCCCAUGGGACCUGGACUUCGCUUCAUUCAAUAUGUGCAGCCGUUCUGGUGAUCUAGCUCUUAUCAGCUCCUUCGCCAGAGGUAUUGAGGAGUUCACGUUAUAUGGUCCCGCGAUAACGACUGGUGGUUGUCAACAUCUUGGUGGUUCACAAACUGAGAUUCAGAGGGAGAUGCCAUUCUACUAUUGGGUCUUAGGUGGCAGUUUCCUUCAGGAUUGGGUAAUCAGAGCCGUGGAUCAUCCAUGGCAGUUGGGCCACCCAAUCGAACUUAAUAUAGAUAAUGUAUGGAAGAUGGCCAAGUUGGCAAUGGGAGGCCAGCGUGCAACCAUUAAAAUUCCUUCCUAUUGUGAAGACCUGCCUGGCCAUGAGUUGGUGGUGCCAGUCUUGAAGAUUCUUGAACACACGGAGGGCGACGCGGAUCGUUAA